AUGCCAGCGAUGGGUAUUAGCGCAGAAGCCAAGCAUGCUGCUCAUGUAAUUACCUUCAUCUGUUGGCUUAUAUUAUUCGAAGUAAUCUGCGGCGCAAUACCCCUUUUCGCGCAAACAUCGAGCAUAUACGUCUCCACGGCAUCACCUUUCGAAAGGUACGGGUAUAUUGGUACAUUUCUUCUCUACAUCUUACGCCUUGCAUCGUUACUAGUGCUACCUCAGUGCAUAUUCAACACGCUUGGUUUGAUGCUUUUCAAUGGCUUUCGAGAGAAAGUGAAUCUGAAGGCGGCACCAUUGCUGGCUCCGCUCGUCUGCUUCCGAGUUGUCACACGUGGCGACUAUCCCGAACUCGUAAAGCAAAAUGUCAAUUACAACAUGGCGAAGUGUCGUGAAGCUGGAAUGGAGAAUUUUUUCUUUGAAGUGGUCACCGAUAAAGCGAUUAACUUGCCCAGUUUACCGCGUUUACGUGAAGUUGUCGUGCCAAAUUCUUACAAGUAUAUUUCUCAAUUUUUACUUUCCUUUAAAAAAAACUUGCGAAAUUUUUUGUAUUGUUUCCUCUAAAU